AUGGGUCAUGUUGCCCUAAUCGAUGACUUAAAGCUAUUUCUAGAAAUUUGCUCAGUACAUGACUGUCAAUUACUUCAAAAURACUUGUGGGCACUGGACGCCUGGGCUGUAAAUAUUGGUUUGGAUUUUAAUGUCUCCAAAUAUUGCUCAAAAGCUUUUUAUAAAGGUCGGACUCACUUGGAUUUUAAAUAUUCACUUCGUGRAACCUAUCUWGUYAUUGAAUCGAAUACUGUGAAAGACCUCGGAGUUUUCUAUGAUAGUAACUUAAAUUUUCAUAACCAUAUAUAUGUAGAUGCGACAUGCUGUAAAGCUUUAAAAGCUCUUGGAUUUCUUAAGCGGGUUUGUAACGAAUUUAAGUUGAUAACUCCACUAAAAGCCUUAUAUUGUGCGCUCAUCAGAUCUAUUCUUGAAUUUUCUGUAAUUAUAUGGAACCCUCACAACACAAGCAAUAURAAUCAACUWGAAAGAGUCSAACGGAAGUUUUUGAGUUUUGCAGCAUAUCUAUUAAAUAUUGAACAUAGACCUCAUGAUUAUGAUGCAGUAAUAGAUAUGCUAGGCUUACAGUCUUUGGCCGAUAGACGUAUCACCAUUAACAAGGUCUUCCUAGUCAAAAUCAUAAAUGGGUCGAUCGACUGUCCUGAACUUCUAUCCAAAGUAAGCUUUAAAAUUCCCUGUGCCCAGGUCCGUUCUUCCUAUCCUUUCAGUAUUCCGCUGUGUACGACAAAUUAUUCACGAAACAAACCACUAAAUAGAAUGAUGCGUAUUGCUAACGAGGAUCCAUCUUUUAGUUUUUAA